AUGGCGGCCCCGAACUCGACCUACGACUGCAAGUAUCCCUGCCAGUCGACAGGCCAGGCGAUGAGCGGCGGCUGCUGCGACGGCAUCUGGCAGCCGUAUGUUGCAUUCACCAACAUACGGUGGCUGCCUCAGGAUCGGGUUGAGCGCUAUGCGUUUGGGUGGAACCCCACUGGCGACAACGUGUGGUUCUGGCGCAGCAUCCACGCCGUCUAUUACACCUCAAUGGACCUCCAGGCGUAUCCCUUUGACAAGCAGUCGUUGUUGCUGCAAAUGGAGGUCCCACAGGCGCGCAUGGGCUGGAGCGGCGCGCUGGUGAACCUCAUCCCCUCCAUCACGGGCGACGCCAUGUUCACCGCGCGUACGGGCAGCGACCAGCUCAGCGGCUGGGCGGUGGACGGCAUCAAGCUCACCCCUUAUAAUUACCCCCUCUGCAUGAUGCCCCUGGAACACUCCAACAUGCCGUCGCCACGCGACGAUCCAUCCCCGCUGGUCCCAAGUCACGCGUACGCGCUCAAACAGAAGGGCCGGGAUAGCAGCUGUGCCGCGGCGAUCGAAGCGCUGCCGGACCCUCAAGCCAGUGUGUUUUACCGCAGCUCACCCGUGAGGGGCGUGGCUGGGCAGGUGAUCGUGGUGUCUGGGCUGAACGUUGAGAUCGUCGUGAGGCGGUUCUGGGUGCCACACGUCAUCACAGCGAUCCUGCCCGUCGUGGCCACCACCUGGCUGGCCUUCCUGGUGUUCUUCCUGCCCCGCAAGGACAUGGAGGCGCGCCUGGGGGCAGUCACGGGGCUCUUCCUAGCACUGGCAGCCAUACAGUUCGUCAUCACAGGCAUGACCCCGGCCAGUUCAUAUGUCACGACGAUGCAGCAGCUGGUGCUGGUGUCCUACGUCACACUCAUCCAGACCGGCCUUGAGAAUGUGCUGCUGUGGUGGCUGACCAUCUAUCACAAGAGCAAGCAGAGAUUGAACAAGUGGGUGGCCAUUAUUCAGUUUUUGGCCUACAAUCUGGCGGUGUUCGUCAUCAUUGCGGUCGCGUCGCAGUACGGCGCCCGCUCAUAG